AGCAAGUUGAGCCAAAAUUUUGUUUGGGGAGGGUUUUCAAAUGGAUAAAGUGGUUUUUUUCAUAACAGGAAAAUAGACUUUUUUUCUAACAAGAUGUCAUGUUUGUUUGCUAAAAAUAUUUCCAGUGUCACAUGCUACAAUUGAAUCUUGUUAGGGAUCACAUACUUCGAGUUCAGAUAAAGUAUAGGACCUUGGUUAUAUUCGAGCAAUGGUGCCUGCUCUGAUACUAAAGGUCAUUCGGCCGUCAGGAUCAAAUCUAACGGUGUCUGCUGCUCAUGCCAUCUCCCCCCUCCAUCCUCUCGCGACAUAGUUACGGCAAGGCAGCUGCCACGGCGGCCGCUCCGCCUCCCGCCUCCCUCCCGCUCCGCGCGCCGCCACCUCCCAUGGCGUCGCUGCUCCGCCUCCAGGGCCUCGCUCCAGCCCUAAACGUUCCCCGCCAUCGUUGCUUCCUCUCCCCUCUCCGCCUCGCCUCCGCGUCCACGGCUCCGCUCGCUCGCCGCAUCUCCACCGCCGCCUCCACAAACGCGCCAGAGCCGCCAACCUCGGAACCGAAUCUGGAGUCAGGUCUGUAUCUUGUCGCAACGCCAAUUGGAAACCUUGAAGAUAUCACCUUGCGGGCACUGCGUGUCCUUAAAUGUGCUAAUGUGAUAUUAUCUGAAGACACAAGGCAUUCUGGAAAGCUGCUUCAGCACUAUAACAUCAAAACACCUCUUCUUAGCUUCCAUAAGUUCAAUGAGCGCGAGAGAGAGCCCAGUAUCUUAAGGAGGCUUCAUGAAGGUGAAGCAGUUGCAUUGAUAAGUGAUGCCGGUACUCCAGGCAUUAGUGACCCUGGCAUGGAAUUGGCUAGACUAUGUGCAGCUGAGAAAAUUCCUGUCGUUCCCAUUCCUGGGCCUUCUGCUGCAAUUGCUGCUCUUUCCGCGUCGGGUUUGCCAUCUAAUGAAUUCACAUUUGUUGGGUUUUUACCAAAGCAUGCUCGGUCAAGAAGAGAUAGGCUUGAGAUAUCUGCCCGUGAAGCUGCUACACAAAUAUUCUAUGUUCCUCCCCAUGGCAUUCAUCAAUUUCUUGUUGAUGCUGCUUCAUCUUUUGGCGAUUCAAGGUCAUGUGUUAUUGCAAGGGAGAUAACAAAAUUACAUGAAGAGUUCUGGCGUGGAACUCUAGGUGAAGCAAAUGAGGCCUUUGCAACUCGACAGCCUAAGGGAGAGAUCACAGUGCUAAUAGAGGGGCAGUUAAUUUCAGUUGAUGAAACUCCAUCAGAGGAUUUCCUUGAGCAUGAACUAAGAGAAUUGAUGGCAAAGGGACAUACCCUUUCAGCGGCGGUGAAAUUGGUCACUGAAGCUACAUCAGCAAAGAAGAAAGAUGUUUAUGCUCUUGCAUUGAGGUUGUUUGGAAAAUGAGUAAAAUGCAACUUUUGAUCGCAUCUGAAUGAGGUGGACAGCAUUUUUCCUCUUAUCAAAGCCAGAGGUGGAGUCCAUGUAACUGCGUCCUUCCAGAAGCCAUCUAUCAUCCUCAACGCUGUAAAAGGGUGAGAGUGACCAUGAACUGUCAGACCCUGUGCAAGUGCAAACAAACUUAUAGUCUGGCUUGCAUGUCAUGUCUUGUGCAAACAGCCGCAGGUUCACCUCUGCUGGAACGCCCCACCACCACCGUGCCAUAAACAAUGUGACUAGUUGUAAGAACGAAUACAUGCCAUGAUUGUCAGCUAGGUUAGGUUUAGUUAGAACGAAAUCAUGCCAUGAUUGUCAGCUAGGUUAGAUUUCACACUUUUACUGCUGUGGUUCUCAGGUAAAAGGUUCCAUUCAUUUGGCUGUCUGUACUGUAUUGGUCGUGGACAUGGCGUUCUCAGCCUGAUGGUUCAACUCACCCCAUCGUUCAUGAGAUGUAUAGACUUUUCUAUCUGAACAUAAGAACAUUGGUACAUAGCCCUAAAUUAGUUGUAUUCAGUUGUAGUUCUUAAUUCCGUUAUGCAAAUGGAUGGAACUAUCAGGACCAGCCUUUGUACAAUUAGAGUGUCACUGUCGUAGAAUUUUGUCGUUUCCCAUGUUUGUUACCUUGGAAACCAGGUUAGACUCUGCUUAUAACCGCCAAUGCCGUAGGUUUCUCA